UAAACUCGAACAAAAGUAACGCCCGCGGGUGCCAGCUGUAAACAUUGAAUAAAUUUAACUGAAAAUAUCUCAAUAUAUGAGUUAUUAUUAAUUUUUGAUACUGAAGUUCUAACCUUUUAUAAUUUAAGUAUAUAAUGGAGCCAAUCAGAUUAGAAAACGAUCUACCGAACCAAAUGGCUCAUUUAGAUUUAAUGGAACUAGGAGAGGAGAAGACUACUAAAACGGAGCCCGAAUCUACCUCACGUGUUUUGCGUAAAAGAAAAUCUAUAGCUUCAGAAUGUCCGAAGCCGUCUAAUCGUCGCGUAAGCAUGCGGCCGCGGAAGCACAGCAUCUCAGACAAUAUCAAUUCUAAAGAAAUCGAAGCACUCUAUCUUAACAAGAAAGUGAAAACUUUGUCUCAAACUUUAGAAACAAUUUACGAGGAGCCAAAGGCGAGCUCCAGCACGGACACUUUCGUCGGCGGUCGAAAAAUCAAAAGACUUUUAACAUUCCAAAUAGGUAGUCAUUACACAAAAGAAAAAAUUAAAAAACGUAGAGCUAAAAUAAAGAAGCUAUUGGGCAAUAAAUCAUUCCUAAAUAGAAAGAAGAUACCUAUGAAUGUGUUCCUCAAAACCAUAGAAUGUUUAGAAUUAGAUGAAGUCAUACACACAGAAAGCAAGACUAUCGAUAAUGUUACUACAUGAUAAUUUCCCUUACCUUUGGUAUAUUUCUCCCAUCAGUUUAUCACAUAAUCAUGCCAGAUUUGACUGCCAUAAUUUUUAAUAAAAGUUUUAUUUAACUAC